AAACAAAGUUCAAACAUGUUUUCAAAGAUCAUCACCGCUUUAUUUGCUGUUAAUGUUGUCUCUGCCGCGAAGGGACCCAUCGAUUCCAAGUUACGGGUGCUCGAACCAAUCCUAAAGUGUUAUGAUGGAAACGCUCCCGAAUUUGCUGGCUUGGGGGCGUUGGCAGCAAGCCUCAAUCUCGAUUCAGAUGCCGACGACCUUGAAUUGUCGUGCGUACAUGCUAAGGAUUCUGUUACAUGCUUGGCAGACGUUCUGGAGAAUACUCCUUCUCCAGUCCCAAAAGUUUUCCUGUUCUAUGGUGCUCUGGCUUAUCAGAUCGCCUAUUUUCUCAAGGAAGCAAAUCUUUGUCCAGGGAUAGAGUACGAAGACCUGAAGAGAAUUGUGUUAAAAUCAGGCAUAAUAAAGAACGAAGGGCUCUCAAAUAUUGAGAAUGAUCUUUAUCACAAAUGCGCUGGAGAUGCCAUGAAGAAGUGCCUGAUUAAAGGAAGCAUGGACUUGUUCGAGCAUAAGCAGGGAGACCCUGAUGUAGUCGAUAAAGCAUAUGAUGAGUAUAUUCGUUGCAUAGAAGAACAGACCAAGACCUGCAAUCACCCCAUUAUGCGCCACUUUUUUGAAAUGAUUGAAGCGUUCAAGAAACAUGUCAAGCAGUUGGAAAUGCUUGAAUCAGAAGAGCAACAGGGGUAGAAAUAUCGAGCCUUUAAGUUGCUUUUUUCAUGUUCAUGUAAUUGCAAUCAACGUAGAAGAAAAAUAGCAAGUUUACAACAUGUUCGACUUAGAUUUUUAACUAUCCCAUUGAUAGUUAAAAAGACUUAGAAAUAACUGAGUUUGUGCACUCUUAAUUCAAGACUUCAACAUUCUUACGCUAACAACGCCCUGGGAAUUAAUCUUUUGAAGACGGCGUGUUCUCACUCCCACUCCUUUUCCUAAGGCCUUGUAGGGAAAAGAUGUUUAUAAAAUACCCCACCAUAAAGUCUCCUGAUACAAACGUUUAGCUUCAUUCCGUAGCCAUUAAUGCGUUUCGGUGAGAAAUGCUAGUUGAUACUACCUUUCAAACUAUUCAUAUUUAUGUCACGAACUGUGGCAGCGUCUAAAUAUGGUCAUGGGUGUCUCAAUCUUCGUCCUGAGUAUGCAAGAGAUAUCCUGCGAUAUACGUCAUUUCGUGUGUCGGGGAGAAAAAAUGGCGGAUUUUUCAGCUUUUCUGCAAACUGAUUGACAAACUCGAUAAAUUGUUCAAUGACUUCUCAGGAACUCAACGCAAUUGAAUUCCCUAAAAGAGAUGUUGAAGUUUUGAAAUGAUCGCCUUAUUAAUGGCAAAUCGCACUUACUUGGAAUAAACCUAAAAGAUUAAACUUAGUUGUAACGGUUUACACAAUUCUUUUUACACCUAAAGUGAAAUGUAAGCGGCUCGUGUCAUAACAAGUGGCAUAGAUUUUAACAGCGACAGCAAACUUGUAAAACGUAUAGAGAUAGUAUCACUUGUAUUUGAGAGAGAUCAUGAGAAAAUAAAGUGAUAUGCAUGCAGAGAUGGC